CUGAGUCUUGGGCUCGCUCAGCACCGCACACUCAACCAGAAACUUCUUACAAACUCAUGCCAGCGGAUCGCCCACGUCUAUCACCGCGGGUUGGGGGGUGGCGACGAGAUCGGACGGAAAACUUUUUUGACAACUCUGCGAAAUGCCGUCUUUCCCCCUCGACCAGUUCACUGACCUGGAAGAAAUGAUGUGCAAGCAGUUACUAAAUCUUGACUUGAGGGAGCAGAACCUACCGCCACCAUCCCUCAGUCUGGCAAUGAGAACACCAGGCUGCAUCGGUCAGCCACGUAGCAGCACGUCGUUUUCCCUUUCGUCUCUCUCCUGCCUCCCCACUGAUCCUUCAGAGGGUGUAUUUCUGUCCUCCAGCCAAUGGGGGGAGAAUCCAGAAAUCCCUCUGCCCACCCAGCUCAAUAAUUCCAGCCAGUGGGGAAAGUCGGGCUUCCUUCACCAGCGCUCCGUGAGCAUGGUCGAGACCACCAGCAGCACCACAGCAACAAGUCUCGGCUGGCCGGGGACUGACCUGACGCUCUCCCAAAGUGACAUCAGCCCCGCUGCGCUGAACACCAGCUCCUCUUCCACCUCCUCCGCUUCCUCCUCACGCUACAAGACUGAACUGUGCCGCUCCUUCUCGGAGAGCGGCUUGUGCAAGUAUGGCGGCAAGUGCCAGUUUGCCCACGGGCUGGAUGAGCUGCGGGAUCAAAACAGACAUCCAAAGUACAAAACGGAGCCGUGUCGCACGUUUCACACCAUUGGCUUCUGCCCCUACGGGAUCCGCUGCCACUUUGUCCACAACAACGAGGAAGAAAUGAAACAUUCCCUCUCUCGCUCAUCCUCCUCCUCGUCCUUUUCCUCAAGCAUUCCCCAGCAGCCACCUUCCUCCUUCCGCCCGCACAGACCCCCUCUUGUCCGGCACAGCUUCAGCUUUGCCGGGUUUCCCUCUGCCCCCCAGCAAGCCCUUCAGCCGCCGCUUCCCGCCUGCCCUCCUGCCACUGCGGCCUUCCCUCGCGCUCCGUCGGCCUCGCUUACUUCCUGCGCGGAUAUUACCGACCUCCUCUCGCACGCCUUCCUGGAGAUGGACUCUGCCUUUGAGGCCUCCCCCACGCACCAGUACCAGCCCCCGAUGGGCCAGGCCACCGCAGCGGAUCCCCGGUCUCCAUUCCUGCCCUCGCCGGACUCCGGCUGUUCCCCAAGUGGUCUGUCUCCGACGGCGUCCCCUUCCUUGAGGCAGAGUCCCAAUGCCGCCGGGGUGUUUCCGGGGCCACUGGGUGCUCGAUCUCUGUCCUACACCUCUCUGUCUGACCAGGACCCGGAUGGAAGCAGCUCUGCCAGCUCGCUCAGUGGCUCUGAGUCCUGCGGAGGCGUCAAUGAGGCCAACGGCAGGCGUCUAGCUGUAUUCAGUCAGCUCUCUGUUCCUGAGGAUGCUACUGGGUUCUGCCUUUAGGCCCCAGUGUGCCGUUAACACAAACAUACAUACUUUUUUUUUCUUUUUUCGGACACUUCCAUGCAGGCCCCGAAUAGGCUACGUAAUAUAUGCUGAACACACAUUUAUCCAGAUUCAAGCACACACGAUGCUCGCACACACCGCCACUGCACUGACACCGCCAAUGUUCUAUUCUCCUGUGUGGCAUCAAAGGAAACCGAAAGAUAAAAGACUUAUUGACUGAAUCAGAAAGCACAGAGAGAUUUGCCUAUUCGAGUUCUGUGGUUUCAUUCUCACUGUCACAUGCGUAAGGGAAGCGACAACGCAGCACCUGAAAUGUCUGUUGCCACCAAAACAGUUUAGUUCAAGACAGAAGUUAAAGUGCGUUGCAGUCAAAUGAUUCUUCACCAAAUAUCCAAAUUGUUAAGAUUACGACAAAGAUAUUGUAGCCACGAUGUAAUUGGGCCAGUGACACCCCACACAUUAUAUUACACGUUACCAACUUCUACGUGAUAUAAAGAGUGUGACAAAGCCAAAUCUAUAUUUGUAGCUCAAACGUUUUGAUUAUGAUCGCACAGAAACACUAUGUUAAUACACAGUAUUGUUGAAGUUGUUCUUUUCCUCUUUAAUACAGCCUGAGGUUAUGUUUAGAUCACUGGCCUUGAACCCGAAUGUUACGUUUUUAAACAACUGAAGUGCCUGUUUUGUUAUUUACCAGGUCAUGUGUUGAAACGGUAUUUGUAGUUGGUUCAGAGAGAUGUGUGGAUUGGAUGCAGGUCUCUUUAAUUUAUUCGAAUAAGCUAGAGUUCAAGUCCCCUUGUUGUUAAGAUGACUACAAGUGUUCUUUUGUGUCUUGUGCAUUAUUGAUAUACUGCCAACAGUAAAAUGUCAAGUGACCUAAUACAACCUGCCAUACGAGGGAGAGGGGGGGGGGGGGGGG